GCACAUUAUAAAAACACGUUGUAUUGGUAGUUUUAAUUAUAGGAGAUUCAUGGGUUGAUUGUUGCGCAAUUUCUGUUCCUUCUUGUUUUGUUGUGUGUGCAUAUAUGAAUAUAUUUGUAUGAAUAAACAUAUAGAAGGUAUUUUCCCCUCGUUUUGACUUUGUCAUUUGUGUUCGUUUUAUUUCCCUCUUUGCAAGAGCCCCGUGCAUUAUACAACUUGUUAAAAACUGCUGCCGAAGAGUUAAUUUGACAAGAACAUCCAUUUUAAUGUGCUAUAAUUUUAAUUAGUAAAAUGAGUUAUAAAUCCUCCAGAUACAGCAGAAUUUCUUCGUGCAUAUAUGUGGGAAACUUACCAGGAAAUGUCGUAGAGGAUGAGGUCUACGAUUUAUUUUCCAAGUAUGGACGUAUAAAAUAUAUCGAUGUAAAAAAACCCAGAGCUCCAGGUGUACCCUAUUCGUUUGCGUUCGUUCAUUAUUUCGAUUCCAGAGAUGCAGAAUACGCCAUAGAUAGAAGAGAUGGUUAUAAGUAUGAUGGCGUUCGUUUGCGUGUUGAAUAUUCAGGAGAAAACAGAAGCUAUGGAAAGUAUAGAAACAAAGAAGAGGGAAGUGGCCCCCCUGUAAGAACGGAACAUCGAAUUAUUAUAAGUAAUUUGCCAGAGAGUUGCAAAUGGCAGCAUUUAAAAGAUUUCAUGAGACAGUGUGGUGAUGUAGGAUAUGCUAACAUUGAGCAUGGAAAAGGUGUAGUAGAGUUUAUUAGCCGUGACGAUAUGCUAUAUGCAAUUGAAAAAUUUGAUGGCGCAGAAUUUAAAGUUCAUGAUGAUGUUACAAAUAUUAAAGUUAAAAGAGAUAGAAGAGGUUCGUCAUACAUGAAAAGACAUCGAGAGGAUCAUUACAGUCCCAGACAUAAAAAGAGACGCAGAUAUAGUGAUGAAUCAGGAUCAGCCUCAAGAAAUAGAUCUAGAUCAAGAAAGCACAACAAAUAUAGCAACUCACCCACAAAAAGAAGUAGUAAAUACGACUCUGGAAGUGAAAGUGAAGGUGAUAAUAAAGACAAAAGCAAAUAUAAUAAAAAAAGCAGAAGUGGAUCGAAUAAUUCUUCUAGAAGUGAUGAUAGAAAUUACAAAAAGAAAAAAAAUAAGCAUGACAAAUCAAGUGAUAGAUCAAGUGAAUAUAGCGAAAAGGGAAGUGGAAAAAAUAAUAGCCCUAGCAAAGAUGGAAGUAGGAAAAGAAGUUUGAGCGAAAGUGGUGGUGGAAGCAAAGAUAGGAAGAGGAGUUUAAGUCUGAAAAGAGAAAAUAGCUCGAGUAAUGAAAAAAAAGGAAAAAGAAAAAGAAGCAAUGAUAUGGAAAGUGAAUCUAGAAAGAGUUCUAAAUCUCCUAACAGUAACUCACCUAGAGAAAAUAACACAGAAAAGGAAAAGAGCAACGACGGAAAAAAAAAAACAGUUGGCAGAAAAACAAAAAAAACAACAAACACUGCAAAGAAAACGAAGAAUGCAAAGACAAAUAAUGAUAAAACAAGCAAAAAUGAGGAUUAUGAAAAUGUUUCCAAUGAUGGAAAUAAAAGUGAUGGGGAGAAAUAUGUAGACGAGGAAAAUAAUAAAGAAGAAAAUUCUGGUACAAAUAAAAAUGAACGAACAAAAAAAUCAGCGGCGUCAGAGGCAAAGCCUAAAAGGGGGGGAGGAAGAAGAGGAAGAAAAAAAGCUACCACAGAAGAAAAUGUAAAUGACAAUGCCAGUAGUUAA